AUGACAUUGGAUGAUCACGAAACACAAAUCUUAUAUGAACUUCAAGGCAUACUUCAUGCCAUAGAUGCAGUGUUAAGUCGCGUCUUCACAAACCGUACUCUAACCAACCUCAUCCAAUUAACUUCAUCUGGUGGAAAACUCGAUGAAUCGCAACGAACCGCCAAAAUUGGAAUAGAAGAGUUAAAGAAAAUCAUAGAGUCCAAAAAUGAUGACGAUAAACAGUAG